AUGGAUCUGGUCCGACGUGGCGUGCUCGUAGUGGUGCAGCAACCAGUAGAGGACGACGAAGCAGGCGCCGGUACUGAUACUAGCAGCAGCCGGCGGUUACCUCGCGAGAUCUUUAUUCUCGGCACGACGCACGUGUCGGAAACGGCUGGUGAGGACGCCAUGCGGGUGGUGCGGAGCGUGCAGCCUCAGAACGUGGUGGUGGAGCUGUGUAAAAGCAGAGCACCCAUAAUGUACGACCCUGUACCGGACCCCAACCAGCUCUCAGUGCCAAGCUCUGAUGCCACGGGUGCUGCUGCUGCUCCUGCUCGCGAUCUAUUCCUCAUGGGAGGAGCCAGCCUACCUCAGACGCUCAUGCGCAGCAUCCAGCUCGGAGGUCAGUCCAGCCUGCUGCUGCGCCUGCUCCUCUCUUUUGUGUCUCGCCGGUCCGCCCAAGCAGUCGGCGUGCAACCGGGGCAUGAGUUCCGUGCAGCAAGGGAGGCUGCAGAUGCGAUUGGGGCACAGAUGGUGCUGGGAGAUCGACCAAUCGAAAUCACUCUGCGCCGUGCAUGGAAGGCCCUUUCUCUUCUCGACCGCGCUCGCCUCGCCUCUGCUCUCCUGCAAGGCGGGCUGAAGGGGGGCUCUCUGGAGCAGAGCGAGUUGAAAGGAGCGUUCUCAAGACAGCGUGACUCUACUAAUGGUCAAGGGAUGGAGGGUUUAAAUAUGGAUAGAGAUGUUGUGGGGAGUGGGGGAGUGGUAGAGAAGGACGACGCGGAGGGAGAGGAAGAGGUCGAGUUUUUGUCGGCUGUUUUUCAGGAAGUUGCACGGCAGUUUCCUACGCUCAUCGGGCCACUGGUGCAUGAGAGGGAUGCGCUUCCGUAUCAGGAAGCUAGCAUCGAUGGCGGUUCGGCUAUCAGUGACGGCUCUUACCAAUGGUUCACCACAGCAGCCUCGCCGGCACCAACAACUGCUGGUGCUGGAGUGGACACUGCUUCCUGGAAGCUUAUUGAGAGCGCGUUCGGGUUCUCCUUCCUCUACCCGUCCUCCUAUAUAGUCACAAUUAACCGCAAGAACGACCCAGCAGACGCCCCACUCACAGCAGACGGCGCUCAGGCCCUAGCAGUCGUGGGCAACUUUGUCACUUUUGACACGAUGAGUGUCAUUCGCUAUGCCUUCACUCCAAACCCCGACAAGCUCGCUCCUCUCAUCCAACGCAUCCUGCCCAAUGGGAAUCUGAGCACCUCAUUGGUGGAGGACACGGUGUUCCCCAACCAGCCAAUCAUAGAGCUUCCUCUGGAUCUCCAAAAGAUCCUCUCCGCCCUGGCAUCACCUGCCGGACUCAGUUUCGAUGUGAUAACGGAGACGUGCAGAGGGCGGAUAGAGGAGGGGAAGGGGGGCGUGGGUGAGUGUGUGUCAGUGCGAGGGGCCGAUCUUGUUCAGCCAAUCGUGCGCCGCCACAUAGGCCGGAUACUCCUGUCAGAAGGCUACCUCUACGUCAUCACUGUGGCGUGCACCGAGGCACGGCGGCCCGAAAUGAGCACCCUGCUGCAAUGCACCACCCGCAACCCCCUCCCCCCACCCACUCCCCCACUUCUUCCCCACAUCUCCCCUCCGGGCUACCUCUUUGUCAUCACUGCGCCGAGCAUCAAGGCAGGGCGGACAAGAGUGAACGCACAGCUGCAAUGA